UGUCCAUUAGUGAUUAUACUAUAUCGUGAUUCAAACUAAGCUUUAUAGACGUUUUUGAGAUAAAAAAAAUCUUAGUGUUUAACUAGUUGACUUUCUUUCAACCAAAUAAACAAUUUAAACACCCAUCAGCCGGUUAUCCACAAUGGAGAUUACGAUGGUUGACUGUUUGAAUAAUGUCAUGGUUAGACAAUUUAUGUGUGCAACUCAACUCGCAGCAAUCAACUUCAAAGUAAAAAAUUUAUCAAAAGAAGUUGAUUUUAUAUUAAUGAUCCUGUCACAUCCAAUGUUGCAGAAAUAUCCACUGAAAACUCUGUACAUCACUAGAUUUUUGAAAGCAAUUAUUGUUCAAAUGGAAAAUAAUGGAAAUGAAUUGUGUGAUGACUUAUAUUUAAAGUAUGUUGAACUCAUCCAAAACGAAUCUAAUGAAGGACCUUUUUACAAACACUAUAUACUAGAUAAUAAUAUUAGUAACGAGUUAACAGAGUCUGUCAUAACCAUCCAAGAGAGUACCAGUAUUGUUUCGCAAGGAACUACAGGACUCUGCACGUGGCAGGCAGGUAUAGCACUAAGCUGUUGGUGUUUGAAAAAUCAAGAUAUACUCAAAGAUAAAUUCAUCAUCGAGUUGGGUUGUGGAACUGGAUUGAGUGGAAUAAGCGCAUGUUUAAAUUGUAGUCCCAGCGAAUAUUGGUUUACAGACUGUCACUCAGCCGUUUUAAACACCUUAAAACACAAUAUACAAAUUAAUGAAACACAUCAUAAAUUCAAUUGUAAAUAUGAUAUUAUUCAACUAUCCUGGAAUGAUAUAGAGGAUUUGAAAAUGUUUGAAAAGAAAAAACCUGAUUUAGUUCUAGCAGCUGAUGUGAUAUUUGAUGAUACCAUGUUUGAACCAUUAUGUAGUACAUUGAAAUAUUUUACAAUCAAUAUUACAACCGAAAUAAUACUGUUUUGUACAUUGAGAAAUUCUGAGACUUAUACAAAAUUCCUUGCAACUCUAAAAAAGUACGACCUACAUUUUGCACAAAGUGUCUUACCUGACAAUUACUCAAUUGUGUUACAACAAAAUUGCCCAAUAUAUAUAAUACGUGUAAAACAAAAUGCAGUCAUGUCUAAAUAUAAUAUAUUAUAGUUAAUUAUAAACCAUUGGUACAAUGAUUAUAUUAUAAAUAAAUAUUUCUUUGAACUCUUCUUCACCACACAUACUGAACUCAAAAAAAACAUUUUAUUUAUUUUUAAAUGGUUCAUAGUUAGGACUAACUUUUGGAUGAUAUCGUCUGAAUUCUCCAAUAACAAUGUCCUUUUCUUUCAUUGCAUUCUGAAAUUAUAAAAAAAUAUUGUGUGUUAAAGAAAUAUAUACAAAUACUCUACUCAAGAAAUCAUUUCGAUGAAAUAUUGAGAAAGAAUAUAACUGUAGACUAUAGUGUUCUACAGUAUACAACUAGGGUUAGGAUGUGGUAGCAUUUUGCAUAUUUGUUUGAAGCCCCCAAAAUAUAGCUAAACGUGUUAAAAAUCUGUUUCACUUACAAAUUGAUUUGGUUUUGGGAUAUAUUUUUUAUAAAUGUGUAUUUUAAGUAUGUUUAUAGAAUAAAUGCAUAAUACAACA